GACUACGAGGAAGAAGAGUUGACGUCAUUUAGUGGAGAGGAAAAUGGUUCUGGUUCUCAAGGUCCUCCACCGCUUAUCACCCCGCCACCACCAGGUCCAGGAGGAGGAAUCUUUAAAGAGGUUGGACCUCCAGGUCCAUCGGGACCACCAGGACCAAAGGGAGAACCCGGUGAAGACGGAUUACCAGGUCUCAAGGGUGAACCCGGACGAGUGGUCCCUGCUUAUACUCCAGUGACUGUGAUAAAAGGGGACAAAGGAGUUCAAGGAGAAGUUGGGUUGCCUGGUCAGCGGGGUUUCAAGGGUGAAAAGGGUGAGUGUUUGAUUGGCCCACCAGGACCUCCUGGACCAGCAGGACCACCUUUCACGCACACAUUUGGAAGUGGAUCUGGUGGUUGGAACCCCAUCGAUCUUGGAACAGAGGAUCAGGAUAGUUUUCAGUUUGGAAGAGGGUUAGAAGGACCACCUGGACCUCAAGGACCACGUGGACUACCUGGUCUACCAUGUACUUGUAACAUCUCUUCCUCUCCUGUAGCUGGACCUCGUGGGUUUCCAGGUUCUCCUGGUAGAGAUGGUCAAAAUGGAUCUCCAGGGAUGCCGGGCAUGCCUGGCUCUAAAGGGGUGACAGGACAAAUAGGACCGCCAGGGGAGAAGGGAGACAAAGGUGAAUCAGGACUCAGUGGACUACCUGGUAUACAAGGAAAGAAAGGGGAGCCAGGUGUAGAAGGAUUACCUGGAUCACCUGGACCUCGAGGAUUUCCUGGUCCUCCAGGUCCUCCUGGACCCCCUUCAACUCCAGGAAGUAUUUUUGAUUCGGAUGGCUCUUUUUCUUCUGGAUCAUAUGGUGCUUCUGGAGAUGGUAUAUUUGGAUCAUAUUCAGGAAAACCUGGACCUAGAGGUCCACAAGGCUUACCAGGGAUUAGAGGAUUACCAGGACCAAGAGGAGAAAGAGGCUAUCCUGGAGAAAAGGGAGAGAAAGGAAAUCAUGGAUCUAAAGGAGAAAAGGGUUAUUAUGGAGAACCUGGAGGAAAAGGAGAACAAGGAGUUCCUGGAUCUGAUGGAACACCAGGACUUGAAGGUCCACCAGGAAAUAGAGGGCUGAAAGGAGAAAAGGGAGAUAUAGGUCCACCAGGAAUUGGUCUUCCUGGACCACCUGGACCUAGUUUAUCUGUAGAAGAGUUGGAAUCCAUUGUUGGCCCAAUGGGGCCAAAGGGUGAUAAAGGAGAGCGAGGAGAAAUUGGUGAGCCUGGAUCUCCUGGGAAAGCUGGACUUCCUGGAUUAUUUGGACUAAAGGGUGAACCAGGUCCAAGAGGAUAUCCUGGAGAGCCUGGACCAGUGGGUCUCAGUGGAGAACCCGGUCUUGAAGGGCCUCCUGGACCUCCUGGAAUAGCCAAAGUUGUAACAGUGGAUGGUGUAGUCAAAGUGAUUGGGGAAAAGGGUGAUAGAGGGAAACGUGGUCGGCGUGGGAAAAGAGGAAAACGUGGCCCUCGAGGUCCACCAGGAAAACAAGGACCAAAAGGAGAAAUAGGAUUUCCUGGAUUUCCUGGAAGACCUGGUUUACCUGGGCCUCCUGGACAUAAAGGAGACCCUGGGUUUGGUCCAAAAGGAGAUAAAGGAGAGAUUGGACCACCUGGUCCACCAGGACCAGCAAGAUAUGUUGGAACAUUUGGGGAAGAUGACUUUGGAAACGGAAUCGGAUUUGAGGACAACAGUCUAGCUGUGAAAUAUAUUCCAGGGCCAAAAGGAGAUAAGGGAGAAAAAGGUAUGCCUGGUCCAGGCGGUCCAGAGGGACCAUCUGGAUCUCCUGGACUUAUAGGUCAAAGAGGACUUCCAGGAAUUUCUGGAGCAGAUGGACAAAAAGGUAACCCUGGGCCUCCCGGACCUCCUGGCCAACCUGCAUCUCGAGACAGAUAUGAGAAAUUCAUCCCAGUUCCAGGACCUCCUGGACCCCCUGGCCCAAUAGGUCCUCCUGGGCCAGUGGUUGAGGGCCUUCCUGGACCACCAGGUCCACCUGGUAUUGGUAAACCAGGACCGCCUGGUCCUCCAGGCCCACCAGGCUCACAAUAUCAUACUCGAUGGCUUCGGAAUCCAGAUAGUGUAGGAGGAAGAGGAGUUUAUUACAGACAAGGUCCACCUGGCCCACCAGGACCACCAGGUCCUCCAGGUCUAUCAUCAUCACAAAAUGAUGAUUAUGAUCAUCCAGUCAUCGUAUCAGGAGCUGUGACAUUUAGUAACCAGGAGAUCUUGCAUGAAGCGACUGAUAAAAGUCCUCGUGGAACCCUUGCAUUUCUUCUUGAUGAAGAUGCUUUGUUGGUAAAGGUCAGACAAGGCUGGCAGUAUGUUGGACUUGGCCCUGUUCUGCCAUCACCAAAAACACCAACACCACCAAGUCAGACUACAACUACGAAGAAACCUGGACCAAGGUCUACAUACAACUUAGUGCUUGAAAAUAGUGGAAGGCUUAGAAUUGCAGCUUUAAAUCAACCAAUGAAUGGAGGGAUGCAAGGAGUGAGAGGAGUGGAUUAUAAGUGUUACCGUCAAGCCAGACAAGCCAACUUACGUGGCACCUUCAGAGCUCUCUUAACUUCAAAAGUUCAAGACUUAAAAAGCAUUGUCUAUUACAAGGACCAGAAGUUGCCUGUUGUCAAUAUCAAGGAAGAAGUGUUGUUCAAUUCUUGGAAAGACUUAUUUACUGGUGAUGGAGCUUUCUUUGCUCAUUCUCCACGUGUUUAUUCGUUCGAUGGAAGAAAUGUUCUGUUUGAUAGCUCAUGGUAA